AUGUCAGAUCGACUUCAAAGCUUGUUCUUGUUCCUGGUGAGCUUACUUGUGAGAGUGCCAUUGUGGAUUUAUGGAAAGUACAUCUUGCCGCUGCUAUACGUCCUGCCGAUUCUACAAAACUACAAGACCAACAACUAUGUAUUUCCAAACAAGCUAGUUGAGGAGGUCGUGAAUGCUAAUGACAUACUGGACAUCUGCGAAGCGCACGGUUUCGACGUGCACGAGCAUGUCGUGAAGACUCAGGAUGGGUAUUUGCUCACGGUGCAUCGGAUCGUGAGCAAACGCCUAAGCACCCGGGACUUGAAGCUCAAGAGACCCGUUGUAUACUUCCAUCACGGGCUGCUAACUAAUAGCGAGCUUUUUGUGUUGGGCCAGUCUACAGACAAAUGUCUGCCGUUUCUGCUUGUGGAGCGCGGCUACGACGUCUGGCUCGGAAAUAACCGAGGAAACAAAUACAGUCGAAAACACAUCAACCUAUCAUCAAAGUCACGCAAGUUUUGGGACUUCUCGCUCGACGAGUAUGCCAUUUUUGAUAUACCAGAUUGUUUGACUUAUAUCUUAGAUGUCACAAGAAUGCCCAAACUGACAUACAUUGGGUUCAGUCAGGGCUCAUCACAGGCUUUUGCCGCUUUCUCAAUUAAUCCACAACUGCGAGAUAAGAUAAAACUAUUCAUUGGCUUAUCGCCAGCCAUGAUUCCCAGAUCUCUAAGUCAUCCGAUAGCUAAGUUUUUGGUAACAUGUCCACCGGAGUUGAUGUACUUCAUAUUUGGGACUAGGGCUAUAUUGCCUUCAACUGUGUUUUGGCAGCAGCUACUAGGCCCUAUAAACUACAUGAAGGUGGUAGACUGGUCCCUGGUUUAUCUUUUUAACUGGAAAAGUCAACACAUAAGUCUCACACAAAAGCAGGUUGGCUACACACAUAUGUUUUCGCCUUCAAGUGUCAAGAGCGUCGCUCACUGGUUUCAAAUCAUCAACAGCGAACGUUUCCAGAUGUUUCAAGAAGACAUCUCCAAAAUUUAUGCAUCCGUACCUUCUCUGCACAGCAAAUUGCAUCGCUGCGCUCCCUUUCCCGUUCAAGUCAUCGAAAAUUUACCUAUGAUGCUAAUCUACGGGGAUCAAGAUAUUCUGAUUGAUAUGGAGACUACAAAACAGAACUUGAUGCGUAACCUGAAGGACCUUACGCUUGUUGAGCUUCCGGGUUAUGAGCACAUGGAUACCUUGUGGGCUGGCAACGUGGCUGAAUUAGUUUUUGCUCCCCUCAUUGAAAAGUUAGAACAAAUACAUGCAGCGCCAAGCCUCAGUGAUACCGAUACUGACACCGCCAGUGACGCUUAA